GAGGAAAGAAAAAUCCAGCGUAAAGUUGCAUGUUUGUCCAUCACGCACCAAAGCUUUCCCUGUCUUUCUUUGUCUCUCUCUCUCUCUCUCUCUCUCUCUCUCUAGUCUUUCACCAUAUCACGUUAUUGGAUUGAAGCAUUAGAUUCAAGCAAUUCUGGAAUAUAAAACCCUAAACUCGUGUGAUUUAAUCUAUCCUUAUGCGUAAAGAUCGCUGUUUUAGGUAUGAACUUAUUGUAAUUUGAAUCUGCAUUUCUCCUUUCUGCCAGCACAAUUUGAGAGAGAGAAGGGGGUUCUUAGUGGAACGAGUCCUGGAGGGAGGGAGGGAGGAGGAGGAGGAGGAGAAAUGCCAAGCGUAGCUGUGAAGCUCUAUAGCGUAUUCUUCAAGAUUCUCUUGAAGCACCGUUUGCAGAGUCGGAUUCAAACGCCAUUGGAAGAAGCCAAUCCAUUUGGAAUCACGUCCCGCCCCGAGGAAUCUGCUACUGCGGCUAAUCCUUCCUUCGCCGAUGGUAUUGCCACCAAGGACAUUCAUAUCGACACUUCUACAUCUCUUUCAAUCAGAAUCUUCCUCCCCGAUUCUGCACUUACCCCACCCGAACCCGAUGCUAAAAUUUCUCUCAAGGCUAAGCCUAAACCUAGGAAUAAAAGACUUGAUCUCGAAUCUGGAUCUGCACAGGUCGAUUCGGCGAAUCGCCUUGCAAACGGUUUGCCUGCUCGGCGUUAUAGUUUUGGUCCUUCUGGUACGCCAAGCAGAGAAGAGCCCAGAAGGAAUGGUUAUGGAGGGAGCAAUGACGUAGAAGGGUUGAAUUUAAUGACAACCGGCGCAGUGUAUAGAGGUUACUCGCCCGAGUUAGAUAACCGCCGUAAAUUGCCGGUAAUGUUGCAAUUUCACGGUGGUGGUUGGGUUAGUGGGAGCAACGAUUCUGUUGCCAACGACUUUUUCUGUCGGCGAAUUGCCAAACUUUGCGAUGUGAUUGUUCUUGCUGUUGGUUACAGGCUCGCGCCUGAAAGUCGAUAUCCAGCAGCUUUUGAUGAUGGAUUGAAGGUGCUGAACUGGUUGACAAAACAGGCGAACUUAGCUGAAUGUAGUAAGUCGCUCGGGUUACAGAGGGGAAGUGGGACUGAGUUUAAGAAACCAGAUGCUCACAGGCAUAUUGUUGACUCGUUUGGAGCUUCAGUGGUAGAGCCAUGGUUGGCGGCUCAUGCUGAUCCCUCAAGGUGUGUCCUUCUUGGCGUGAGUUGUGGUGCAAAUAUUGCUGACUAUGUAGCUCGAAAAGCUGUGGAGGCAGGCAGGCUUAUGGACCCCGUCAAGGUGGUGGCACAGGUCUUGAUGUAUCCAUUCUUUGUUGGGAGUGUUCCCACUCAUUCGGAAAUAAAGUUGGCAAACUCUUACUUUUAUGAUAAGGCUAUGUGUAUGCUUGCAUGGAAACUAUUUCUACCCGAGAAAGAUUUUAACCUGGAUCAUCCAGCCGCUAAUCCUCUAGUCCCAGGCCGAGGGCCUCCGUUAAAGCUGAUGCCUCCAACAUUGACUGUGGUGGCAGAACUUGAUUGGAUGAGGGAUCGUGCCAUUGCUUACUCAGAGGAGCUCCGGAAGGUAAAUGUUGACGCUCCUGUUCUGGAGUACAAGGAUGCAGUACAUGAAUUUGCAACGCUUGACAUACUCAUGAAAAGCCCUCAGGCCCAGGUCUGUGCUGAGGACAUCUCCAUUUGGGUCAAGAAAUAUAUUUCUCAUCGAGGUCAUGAAUUCUCGUAUUGAGGUGGAGAUAACAGUUCUAGAGUACGUGGAAAAUAUUUUACUUAUGAAAUUAACUCCAGAUGGCGCAUUCUACCACUAACAGUGAUUGGUGGUGGCGUCGUAUUCCUUCAUUUUUUUUUUCUCUUCUCAUGCUUGAUAAAAGCCAAGUUUGCUCCACUUGUCAGUUCUUUUUGUAAGAUAUAGAGUUGUCUAAAAGUAGGAUUAGUUGAGCCUGGGAGAUGCAUUCAUCUCAUAUCACAACAGCACCGUUGGACGUUCUUGUAAUGUUGAGAUCCUUUUGUUUGCUGCAUGUAUUGCGAUACACUCUCUCUCAUGAAAAGAUACCAAUUGAAUGAACUGCUCUCAA